AUGAUGGAGCCACAGCACUACUACGCAGACGUAAAGGACCAACACCAUGACGACGACUCAUCAACCGAGGUGGAAUCAUUAGUUGGAGGAAAACAAUGGCAAGCUGGCGAUUACCAUAACAGAGCACCACCGUCAAGAGGGAACGUAAUGUGUCUGCGGGCGGUAGCUGCGUUGAAAUGGGUUCUUGUAAUUGGACUACAACUCAUCAUCAUCGGGCUAUUGGCAAGAGACCAAGGACUGCUACAAUCUUCGCUUGGAAGGACGCCCUCAACCAGCGAACACGAUGUUGGUGGAGACAUCACAGGGUGGUCACCUCAUCUUCCUACAACAAUCACCCAAUUCAAGAUCAACCAGACCUUUGCCCCCUAUAACACAUCCGAGUUCUUCAAGCCCGAAGUCCUCCAAGCAUGGAACGAACUCAUGCCCAUCGGCAUGGGUUUCCAAUCGAUCCCCAACCCCGAAGACUACAACAACCUCCCCACACCCAUAACCUGGCCCAACGCCACCGUCUACACAACAUCAAUGACGCACCAACUGCACUGCCUCUACGCCGUCGUCGCCGUCUACUCAGGUAUGACGUCCGGCCACACCCUCGAAGACGACCACCACUGGCACAUGAUUCACUGCUUCGACUACAUGCGUCAGGCCAUCAUGUGCAGUGCGGAUAUGGCGCUGGAAGGGUUGGAAACUACGUUCCCAGAUCAUAAUGGGGGGAGCGAUGGGUGGGAUAGUAGACAUGUUUGUAAGGAUCCUAAGGCGGUGAGGGAGAGGUUGGAGAGUGUGAGGGCGUACGAUGAUCAGCUGAUUUUUUAG